UGACAUGCCACAAUUAGAUACAUCAACAUGACUCCUCACCAUCCUUUCUAUAUUCUUAGCCCUCUUUGUGUUAUUCCAACUAAAAAUCUCAAACCACUCCUACUCCCCUAGCCCUAAACCAAUAUACACCAAAACACAAAAACAACAAACCCCUUGAGACACCACAUGAACGAAAAUUUAUUUGCCCCUUUUAUAGUCCCAAUAAUACUAGGCCUCCCUCUUACCACUCUAAUUAUUAUCCUCCCAUCUAUCCUAUUUCCCACACCAAACCGACUGGUCAACAACCGUACAAUCUCCAUUCAACAAUGACUAACUAAACUUACAUCAAAACAAUUAAUAAAUGUACACAGUCCUAAAGGACAAACUUGAUCUCUAAUACUCAUCUCACUAUUCCUAUUUAUUGCCUCUACUAAUCUCCUUGGAAUAUUACCUCACUCAUUUACACCUACCACACAACUCUCAAUAAACGUAGGAAUAGCUAUCCCCCUAUGGGCCGGUGCCGUUAUCACAGGCUUCCGCAACAAAACAAAAAUAUCCUUAGCACAUCUGCUACCACAAGGUACACCCACCUUUCUCAUUCCUAUAUUAGUAAUUAUUGAAACCAUCAGCCUAUUCAUUCAACCAGUAGCACUAGCCGUACGACUAACUGCCAACAUCACAGCAGGUCACUUACUAAUACAUCUAAUUGGAGAAACAACCCUUGUACUAAUAAAUACCAGUUUAUUAAUAGCCCUCAUCACUUUCACUAUCCUUGCUCUAUUAACCAUUCUUGAAUUCGCUGUAGCCCUAAUUCAAGCUUACGUAUUUACCCUCCUAGUAAGCCUAUACCUUCAUGAUAACACAUAAUGACCCACCAAACUCACUCAUACCACAUAGUAAACCCCAGCCCUUGACCCCUCACUGGAGCUCUAUCAGCACUUCUCAUAACAUCAGGCCUAAUUAUAUGAUUCCAUUUCAACUCAAUAAUUUUACUAACUCUAGGCCUAUCAACAAAUAUCCUAACAAUAUAUCAAUGAUGACGAGACAUCAUCCGAGAAAGUACCUUCCAAGGCCACCACACACCAACCGUCCAAAAAGGACUACGAUACGGAAUAAUUUUAUUUAUCGUCUCAGAAGUCCUAUUUUUCACAGGCUUCUUCUGAGCCUUCUACCACUCAAGCCUUGCUCCCACUCCAGAACUAGGCGGAUGUUGACCACCAACAGGCAUCCGCCCCUUAAAUCCCUUAGAAGUUCCCCUCCUCAACACUUCCGUGCUGCUAGCCUCUGGCGUAUCUAUUACCUGAGCCCACCAUAGCUUAAUAGAAGGAAAUCGCAAACACAUACUUCAAGCGCUCUUCAUCACAAUUGCACUGGGCCUCUACUUUACCCUAUUACAAGCAUCAGAGUACUACGAAGCCCCUUUCACAAUCUCAGACGGAAUUUAUGGCUCUACAUUCUUUGUAGCUACAGGUUUUCAUGGAUUACAUGUAAUUAUUGGAUCAACAUUCCUCAUCGUUUGUUUCCUACGUCAAGUAAAAUUCCACUUUACAUCAAAUCACCAUUUCGGCUUUGAAGCUGUCGCUUGAUACUGACACUUUGUAGACGUCGUAUGAUUAUUUCUUUACGUAUCUAUCUAUUGAUGAGGUUCCUAGUCCUUUUAGUAUUAACAAGUACAACUGACUUCCAAUCAGUUAGUUUCGGUACAUCCCGAAAAAGAACAAUAAACCUUCUACUAACACUAUUAACAAAUAUAACCCUAGCUAUACUACUCGUAUUUAUUGCCUUCUGACUUCCCCAACUAAACGUAUACGCAGAAAAAACAAGUCCAUAUGAAUGCGGAUUUGACCCCAUAGGAUCAGCCCGCCUACCUUUCUCCAUAAAAUUUUUCCUGGUAGCCAUCACCUUUCUCCUCUUUGACCUAGAAAUUGCCCUCCUACUUCCCCUUCCCUGAGCAAUCCAAUCAAACAACCUAAACACAAUACUCACAAUAGCCCUAUUCUUAAUCUCCCUAAUAGCAGCUAGCUUAGCUUAUGAAUGAACCCAAGAAGGCCUAGAAUGAGCUGAAUAUGGUACUUAGUUUAAAAUAAAACAAGUGAUUUCGACCCACUAGACUGUGACUAAAUUCACAAUUACCAAGUGACCUUAAUUCAUAUAAACAUUCUCAUAGCCUUCAGCAUGUCCCUCGUGGGCCUAUUAAUAUAUCGAUCCCACCUAAUAUCCUCAUUACUCUGUCUAGAAGGUAUAAUACUAUCACUUUUUGUCCUAGCAACCCUCACAAUUCUAAGCUCACACUUUACCUUAGCCAACAUGAUACCUAUUAUCCUCCUAGUCUUCGCAGCCUGUGAAGCAGCUAUCGGACUAGCUUUAUUAGUUAUAGUAUCCAACACAUACGGUACCGACUACGUGCAAAGCCUUAACCUCCUCCAAUGCUAAAAUUUAUUAUCCCUACAAUCAUAUUAAUACCCCUAACUUGACUAUCAAAAAAUAACAUAAUCUGAAUUAACUCCACAACCCAUAGUCUAUUAAUUAGCUUUUCAAGCCUACUCCUCCUUAAUCAACUCAACGACAACAGCCUCAAUUAUUCACUAAUUUUCUUCUCUGACCCCCUUUCCACCCCACUUCUAAUCCUGACAAUAUGACUUCUCCCCUUAAUACUAAUAGCAAGCCAAUCACAUCUUAUUAAAGAACCACCAGUCCGAAAAAAACUCUAUAUUACAAUACUAAUCACACUACAAGCCCUCCUAAUCAUAACAUUCACCGCCACCGAAUUAAUCCUAUUUUACAUUAUAUUUGAAGCCACAUUAAUCCCUACCCUUAUCAUCAUUACUCGCUGGGGUAACCAAACAGAACGACUCAACGCAGGACUAUAUUUCCUGUUUUACACACUAGUUGGAUCCCUCCCACUAUUAGUAGCACUAAUAUACCUGCAAAACACAGCAGGAACCUUAAAUUUUCUACUUCUACAACACUGAGCCCAACCACUAUCCACCUCCUGAUCCAACAUCUUUAUAUGACUAGCCUGUAUAAUAGCCUUCCUAGUAAAAAUAUCCCUCUAUGGACUACACCUCUGACUACCCAAAGCACAUGUAGAAGCCCCCAUCGCAGGCUCCAUAGUACUUGCAGCCGUACUACUAAAACUUGGCGGUUACGGCAUGCUACGAAUUACAUCCAUGCUUAACCCCCUAACAGAGCAUAUAGCAUAUCCAUUCCUCAUACUCUCCCUUUGAGGAAUAAUCAUAACUAGCUCUAUCUGUUUACGUCAAACAGACCUAAAAUCACUCAUUGCAUAUUCCUCAGUCAGCCAUAUAGCACUUGUUAUCGCAGCCAUCCUUAUCCAAACCCCCUGAAGCUAUAUAGGGGCUACCGCUCUAAUAAUUGCCCAUGGCCUCACAUCCUCUAUACUAUUUUGUCUAGCAAAUUCCAACUACGAACGCAUCCAUAGCCGGACCAUAAUCCUAGCCCGAGGCCUUCAAGUCUUUCUACCACUAAUAGCCACCUGAUGACUACUAGCAAGCCUAACAAAUCUCGCUCUACCCCCAACCAUCAACCUGAUCGGAGAACUACUCGUAGUCAUAUCAGUCUUCUCAUGAUCAAACCCUACCAUCCUUCUAAUAGGAACAAACAUUGUAAUUAUCGCUCUCUACUCCCUAUAUAUGUUAAUCAUAACACAACGUGGCAAACACACACACCACAUCAACAAUAUUACCCCAUCCUUCACACGAGAGCAUGCCUUAAUAGCCCUACACAUUAUCCCCCUCCUACUCCUAUCACUAAACCCCAAAAUUAUCUUAGGGCCCCUUUACU